UUAUAGUCCUUCUUUCCCAUGGCCAGGCCAAGGCGUCUGGAAGUUUCUUCCCAAAUAUCUAUCUAUCUAAGUAUUUAUCCCCCACGAAACAAAAGGCACCAAGGACUAGAUAUUUUUUUCUCUCUCCUCUUCGCCGCUAAUUAACCCUAUUCUCCCCAGCAUUCAAUUUCUAUUAGUAUCCAAACCUUGAUUGCGUUCUUGGAUUUUCUUGUGGGUCGGGGGUUUCUCCUCUCUUUCUCUGCAGUUUGAUGGAUCGGGAAGGAGGAUCCAACGCCGGAUCUUGCUACUACUCCGUUCUCGGGAUUCGUAGGGAUGCCUCCUUCUCUGAUAUUCGCACUGCCUACCGCAAACUCGCUAUGAGGUGGCACCCGGACAAGUGGGCUCUGAAUCCCGCAACCGCCGGCGAAGCCAAGCGCCGGUUUCAGCAAAUCCAAGAAGCCUACUCAGUUCUCUCCGAUCAGUCUAAAAGGUCAAUGUACGAUGCGGGGCUCUACGAUCCUUUGGAGGAAGAAGACCAAGAUUUUUGUGACUUCAUGCAAGAGAUGAUCUCGAUGAUGAACAAUGUGAAAGACGAGGGGGACAGUUUGGAGGACCUACAGAGGAUGUUCGUGGAUAUGGUGGGGGGAGAUCAUGGCCAUGGAAUCGGCGUUGACUUGAACCAAGAUCGAACGGCUGGAAAGCGAGGACGAGUAUAUGGAUCGAAGGGCAACGCGCCCAAGCGCAGCAACUCUCGCAGUUAGUGCGCCGUACUGAAUCCAUCUUGUAAUUUUCUUUACACAUUGGAUGAUUGAAAUGAAAAUCCUUUUACUAGAUUGGUAAUGCUCUUUAGUUAUUAGUUAUGGAACAAUAGAUCAAGUGCAACUGUGCAAAUUGUGCUUUGCAUUCUAAUACUGCCCUUUGGGGCUUCUUUUUUUUCCUGCCAAAAAUAUAGUGAUUCAGUUCAGAGGAUUAACAUUUUCGUGACGCAUUUCGAUA